CCUCUCCCCUCUACCUCCUCAUCCGAAACUUGCCAUGGCUCAGGUUAUUGUCGUCGGUGGUGGUCUCGCUGGUCUCUCGGCCGCGCACACUCUGCUCGAGCGUGGCGCUAAUGUGCUGCUCCUCGACAAGCAACCCUUCAUGGGCGGCAACUCCACUAAGGCGACCUCUGGUAUCAAUGGUGCUGGCACACAGACUCAGCAGGAGUUGGGCAUUCCUGAUAAUGCGAAGGUGUUUUUCGAGGACACUAAGCGAUCGGCGCGCGAGCUUGCCCGCGACGACCUCAUCCGUGUCCUAACCGGCCGUUCUGGCGAUGCCGUCAACUGGCUCCAGGACAAGUUCGGUCUCGACCUCUCUAAGGUUGCCCGUCUUGGCGGUCACUCGCAGCCCCGGACGCACCGCGGUAAUGCGCAGUUCCCAGGUAUGGUCAUCACGUACGCGCAGAUGGAACGGCUGGAAGACCUUGCGGAGAGUACGCCCGACCGCGUCCAGAUUAAGAAGAAGGCCCGUGUCACCCAGCUCAUCAAGGACGAGUCUGGUGCUGUCGUCGGCGUGAAGUAUGAGCAUCAGGGUAAGACCCACGACGCAUACGGACCUGUCAUCCUCGCGACUGGGGGAUACGCCGCGGACUUCACCUCCGACUCGCUCUUGAAGAAGUACCGACCGGAGUACUGUGAUCUCCCAACGACUAACGGGGAGCACUGUACGGGUGACGGUCAGAAGAUGGCUCUUGCUGUCGGUGCCUCCGCAGUCGACCUCGAGAAGGUCCAGGUCCACCCCACCGGUCUCGUCGACCCCAAUGAGCCCGAAGCGAAGGUCAAGUUCCUGGCCGCUGAGGCGCUUCGUGGUGUCGGCGGUUUGCUCCUCGAUAACACCGGGAAGCGCUUCGUCGACGAGCUCCAACACCGUGACUAUGUCACUGGCAAGAUGUGGGAGAACGGCAAAUAUCCCAUCCGCCUCGUCCUCAACGGUGCCGCGUCGAAGGAGAUCGAGUGGCAUUGCAAGCAUUACGUCGGCCGUGGUCUGAUGAAGCGCUACGAGAGUGGCGAGGCACUUGCGAAGGAUAUGGGUCUUUCGCCUGAGGUCCUGAAAAAGACAUUUGAUGACUACAACAUUGCAGCGCGUACGAAGAAGGAUCCCUUCGGCAAAAAGUUCUUUACCGACAGUGAAUGGAAACUCGACGACAUCUUCAAUGUUGCGAUCAUGACUCCUGUCCUCCACUACACCAUGGGUGGCCUCGAGAUUGACCCUGAGUCGCGUGUACUGGACAAAUUUGGCAAACCCAUCCCCGGUCUCUACGCUGCGGGUGAGGUUGCGGGUGGUGUCCACGGUGCCAACCGUCUCGGUGGCUCAUCACUUCUCGGAUGCGUUGUGUUCGGGCGGGUGUCUGGUGGCUCCGCUGCAUCGUACCUUCUUCAGAAGAUCGGCCCUGUCGCAGCGAAGGCCGCUGGCCGUUUGGGCGCUGUUGCUGGCCACCUCGGGGCAGAGAGUUCAAGCUCCAAGCCCGCAACUUCUACCGAGUCAGAGGAGAAGAAGAAGGUGGAGACCGGCGCGAACAGCUCUCCAGCGCCCUCGGGUGGCAACUCCUACAGCGUGGAAGAGGUGGCGAAGCACAACAAGAAGGACGACUGCUGGGUUAUCAUCGACGGCAAGGUCCUCGAUGUGACCGCUUUCCUUCCCGACCACCCGGGAGGCGAGAAGGCGAUCCUUCUGUAUGCCGGGCGUGAUGCGACGGAGGAGUUCAAUAUGCUUCACGAUCCUAAGGUCAUACCCCGGUAUGCACCUGACGCAGUCAUUGGCACACUGAAGAAGUAGUUCGGUUCCCAUUCUUAGCUCGUUUGGUUGAUGCAGGACUCUUGUGUGGUAUGUAUACCACACUGCCCGGCCCUCAUUUGUAAAUCAACUAUUCUCUUUCCUACGCCGCUAGUGUGCGUGUGUGUGUGGAGGCGACGGUAUUGUGGAUGAGGCGUAAUGCGCCAGCUGGGUAACUCGGGACUUCGGACUAGUUGUGGCUAACCCCAUGAUCUCUCCGAGGGUACACUGUAAAUUACGCGCGUAAUGGUCUGCUGCGGCCCUAGCUGAAGCGAAAUGAAAUUUUUCAAAAGCGUUGAUUUUGCC